AUAUGGCGGACAGACAUAAACAUUUGUCGUUCUGAUUUGUGUAAGUGGUGUUGCAAACUCUUUAGAAUUAUUAUCAGCAGUUCGAAAACCAGUCAUCUUGUUUACAAAAUGGCAGCCAAUCUCGUACAUCAUAAAGGUAUCCUGCAUUUUUCUUACUAAUUUUAUACCUGUUGGUACUUAAUUUAUAUCAAUUUUGGGUCUGCGGUGGAAAGAUGACUAUAAUUUCAAAUGAAGAAUUAUUACGUGGAUCAGACAUUGACGUUUUGUCGUCUGUUUAUGGGAGCACACAAGGGUGUUAAUGAGAAAUCAAUCGUUUUGGUAUUUUUUGCUCUGAGCUCAGGGUUCAAAAUAACAGCCGGCUGCCCGCGGCAGCAGCCGGAACUUUUAGCACCUUUACCAGCGAUUUUUCACCGAAGAAGUAGAAUUUUAUGGAAAAUAUGAUGGUUAUUGAUCGUCCAGCUGAAAUAAAAGUCGCUGUCAUGUUAUGGUGAACAUUUCAUAUCAUGCAAUGAAGCAGCCAAGAAAUGUUUAAAAAGCUUUUUGGAAACGUAAACGAGUAUAAAGUUUCGAAAUUUGAAGCAUGCUACGAGGAGGAAUUUUGUUUAUAGUAUUCAGCUUUCUACGUAUUUGUUCAAGCGUGAACCAUGCAAGUUUGUGUACACACCGUCACAUUACCGUGUUUAUGUUUCUGCACGUACAUACUACCUUAAAUCGAGAUUAAUUUUCCGCCAAAUUCUGUUUAAUAUCGUUUUUAAAGCCUUCUCACGCGUUCAAAGUUAAGUUGGAAUUUGACAGUACGGAUUUCCCAUAGCUGUGAAUGGAGGAGCGCGACAGUUUGUCUAGUCAAAGUUGUAUAUUUCACACUUGAACAAACACCAAAAAAUUGAACCAUUCACUAGGCUGUGUUGGAAAAGGAAUUGCUGCAACAAAACAUGUUGAUCAAAAUAAAGAUUCUGAUGCUGAAAUUUAUUAUUAACAGUCAGGAAAAAAAUGAGCCUUGACAAAAACUUACAAAUUCAUGCUAAAAGCUGAAAAAUUAUUUUGAACUGUUGAGCUUGCAAUUUUUACCUUAUUUCAUGUCUCCAAGCUUUCACCAAUCCAUAGAAUCAUCAACAAUUUUUCCUUGUACAAUAAUACUUUUCUCUGUUCUUGUUGCUACAGAGAUCAGGGUUUAAGAUAGAUUCAGCAUUAUGUGUUACCAGUCCUAUAGAAACAAUUUCAAUUUUUUGAAGCUUUAUCUUUCCAGGACCAAUUAUUCUAUAAUUACAAAAAUGUGCUUGCUUAUUCUUUUUUACAUAAAUUCUGUUUCAUCAUCUGUUCUAGGAAUCUGCAAAACCUUGCAUUGGUGGACCUCCAAAAGAGUGCUUUGUUGUUUUCAAAGGGAUUCUCAACAAUUUAAUUUAAGAACACCAUCUAGUGUUUUGUUCAACCCUGCACAAAGUCAGCACCAUACCACAUCAGAACUAGUUCAAUGCAUUGAAGCAUUUCCACCUGGAUUACCUUCCUCUUUUUAUAAGAAUUUCAGAACUUGUUCAAGGCAGUUUGUACGUAGCUUUUGCAGUAAAAGUUCAGGGAUUGACCUGCAAAACGAGGCUUCAACAUCCCAGAAAAAUGACUCUACUUCAAAAAUCACAGGAGUUGCCCCAAAACUCAGUCAUGUUGACAAGCAAGGCCAUGCACAAAUGGUUGAUGUGGGUAGCAAGACAGAAAGCAGUAGAUUUUCAGUGGCAACAGCUAAAGUGUAUUUGGGUCAAACAGCAUUUAACCUUGUGAAAGAAAAUAAGAUCCAUAAAGGUGAUGUUUUGACAGUAGCACAGUUAGCAGGGAUUAUGGCAUCUAAGCAAACACCAAAUCUUAUUCCAUUGUGUCACAAUAUUCACAUUACUCAUGCAGAGGUCAAUCUAGAACUUGAUGAAAAAAAGUUGGCAGUGUGUAUCACAGGAUCCGUGAACUCUGUUGGAAGAACAGGAGUUGAGAUGGAAUCUCUGACAGCAGUGACUGUUGCGGCUUUGACUGUGUAUGACAUGUGUAAGGCAGUUUCACGUGAAAUUGCAAUUUCUGAUAUCAAGCUUGUCAAGAAAGUUGGAGGAAAAAGUGGUGAUUAUGUUGCAACUUGAAAUAUAUUCACAGUGGCCCUCUCACUACAACAGAUUCUCAACAACCAUUUGCAGCAGAAGAUUACAGGAGCAAUGCCAAAACAUGCUUUACAAAGUUAAAAAUGUUUUUUUGGCGAGAGUUGUUGUUUCUCUCCUUAUUUUUCAGAGAGAUUCACAGUUAUUAUUAUCACUGAUUAUUAAUUUGGAGUAGGUGGAGUAAUUUGUACUUCACGUGGUUCGCAUAUUGCAAAUGAAAAUGGAUCAACUAAAGGAAUAAACACAAGCC